AUGCCGGACACUCCCCUAAACCGUUUCGCAGCAGUUCAGAAGUCGCGUUCCGUGAUCAGUAGCGAAGAUGCUGAUGAUUCGGAGCUCCUGUUUCCAAUGUAUACCGUUUCGCUGGAUGUCUUGUUGCAGAUGAAGAAGGUCCGGAGGCACGAGGAGCUGUUGGACGCCGGGGUCCUGAUCAAAUACCGGAGUAGCCUGGGUCGUGCGAUGUUCAUCUCGCACCAGUGGCUCUCGGAUGACCACCCGGACCCUGACGGAGAGCAGCUGGAGGUGCUCCAAGCGGCGAUUGGCAACAUCUUGACCGGCAAGAGCUCAGUCCAUGUGCCAGUCAUCACGGAGAUGACGCUCGGCCGCGUGCCAACGCCUACAGCGGCUGACCUGAGGGCUCAGCCACUGCAUAUUUGGUACGACUACUUCUCGUGCCCUCAAGGCGGUGACCUCAUGGCUAAGAGCAGACGACAAGCGGCCAUUGACUCCAUAGUCUCCUACAUCUCCCGAUGUGAGUACUUCGUGAUCCUCUGCCCGGCUUUGGCUCACGCACAGCAGCAGUCGAUGUUGGGCGAACAUACUUGGGCAGAGAGAGGGUGGUGUCGCACGGAACGACUCGCGCGGGAGCUUGCCGCAAGAGGUGAUGGCUUUGCCUUCGUGAUCCAGAGCUCUACUCAUCAGCACUUGGUUCUGAACGGAGUCAGGCACUUGGAUGCCCCAGGCUCCGGGCAGUUCACCGUCGCAUCGGACCGCACUAAGAUCGGGCGGGUCAUUCUUCAGAUGGUGUGGAAGAAGCUUCUGUACCUCCUGGAGCAGGGCGACUUGCACAACUAUCGGUUCUUGCUCAACACGCAGGCCAGGUGCUGCUUCCGCAACCUGAACACGGCACCCAUCGAAAGCUUGGUACCGGCCUUUGUCCCACGAGCUGACCCAUGUACAGAGCCCAAAGCAUUUAUCGUCGAGCAUUUUCUGCAUGAGAAUGGGUUUCGAACACUCCGCGAGCGCGACCAUGCGGGCUGGACGCCACUGUGCUAUGCCGCCAUGAGCGGCCGGCCAGGUCUUGUUGAAGCCCUCUUGGAGUGCAAGGCCAACUGCAACGACAAGAUUGCCAAACCUAAGCUCGAGCUGGGCUUUCCGAAGCACAUGAACGUCCUCAGCUUAGCCACCCAUUUUGGAAACAUCGAGCCUCUCAAGGCCCUCCUUUCAGCUCGUGCCUCCGUAGGUGCCCGUGCAAGUAUUCGGAGCAUUGCCUUGCAUUGGGCGUGCCUUUCAGAUAACGUGGAAGCCUUCCGGAUCCUUCGCGCGGCUGGGUCGGAUGUGCGGGCCGCGAUGCUUCCUGGACUGGAUUCCUUUGGGGUGGCUUGUGCUGGUGGAUCGUGCCACAUCUUGCAGGAGUUCAUCGCGCAGGAACCGAGAGUGAGCUUGCGGCACUGCCUGCAUUAUGCUCUGAUUGUUGACGGUGCCUCCAAGCCUGCUCUCGCGACUCUCAUCGAGGCAAGGGCGGACAUCAAUGAGCAGCUUCGUUUGACGCAGGUCCCCUGGCGGAUGGUCUUCGCAAUUUACGGUCUGAAGCACAGAGUCAGCCCAUCCGGUCUCACGACGCUGGCCUAUCAUCACCAUGGUGCCACGCCCGUCAUGGGGAUUCUGAAUCAUUGGCUCCUGACUUUGUUGGCGGGCAUUGCAACCUAG